CCGGAACGAGGUUGAGUUAGCUUCAAGUUCGGCCAACCGACUGAGUUGACUCAAACGGGCCGGACCACACUAACUCUUUGGAUCCGAAAUCCAGAAUCCCCCAGAAAACCAUCGCCGUCGUGUUUCUUUCUUAGGCGGCAAGUUAUUAUUAUUAGAAAACUGCUUGGAGAGAAAGAAAAAAAGACAGAAAGAAAAUUUCAUCUCUCUGUUUUUGCAAGUCUGUGGGUUUCUAUAUUUCUUCCAUUGUUCCUUGCUUUCUCUGCAACCAAACGUAGCAAUAUUGUUUCUUAGAAAGAAACAGAAUAAGAAGCUGGUGUUUUGAUUCUCCACGAUCCGAAUAUUGGAGAUAAUUGGUGUUGGAAUUCAGAGCUCUGCCAUUUUGCAAUGGUUGACAUAGGGCAAACCACAAAGGUGCUCGACAUUGAAGGUAUUAGAAUGUUGGUAUCACUUGGUGCUGUUUCAUGGAGUCUCCUUUAGUUCUAGGUGUUACUGUGGCAACUGCUGCCUUGGGAGGUAGAUAUAUGAUUAGAGCGUGGCAAGCAUUCAAAGCUCGCCCUUCAGUUCCUCAUAUUCGAAGAUUUUAUGAGGGUGGUUUUCAGCAUUCCAUGACAAGGCGUGAGGCAGCAUUAAUUCUCGGUGUCAGAGAACAUGCUGUGAUGGAGAAGAUCAAGGAGGCUCACAGGAGAGUGAUGGUGGCAAACCACCCUGAUAGCGGUGGAAGCCAUUAUCUGGCUUCCAAGAUAAAUGAAGCCAAGGAUGUCUUAAUGGGGAGAGCUAAGGGAACUGGUUCUGCAUUCUAAGCUAUACAUCUGAUACAACCAA